UUAUUUUUUUUCUAUGAUUAUUCGACUAAGAUUACCACUGUUAUCAGCUAGCUAACCAAAUCAGGCGCACAGAUCAGUCAAUAAGACAUACAGCUGGCCAUCUAUAAAAUUAAUGAUACAAUACAACAGGUACCAAACUUUAUCACAGACAUUUCACACCGGAGCCGCUGCGGGUGACUGUUUCGGAACUAAAAAGCAAUCUAUAUAUGCCAUUUUCAUUUCCACCUUUUUGUGAACAAUUGCAUGUCAGUUUGCGCACACUCUUCAGCGAAACGUAGCUUAAGUUGCUUAUCACGCACUUUAUACUAUUCAAAAUAUACAAAUUUUAGUGAAGUGACAGCGUCAUUUCUACUUGGGGUUUGAGUUCUCAAAAAUCUGAAUUAAAGUCCUUCUGGCAUUGGGCAGUCGCACCAGUGAUGUAUAACACUGCACUAGUAUAGAUACUAUGCUGACAAGAACAAGAGAGUUUAUUCUAGGCUACGUUUCAACAAGGUAAUUCGGGUAAUAAAUAAAUUUAAAUAAUAUCCUUUUAUCAAGAAAAAUAUGUCCAAUUAAAUCUCUUUUAUUCAUAUAAAAUCUUUUAACUUGACCACGAUCAUAUAAAUGAUAUGUUUGUAAAAGCACAAUAGUAAUACGUAAAGGUAAGAUAACUGUUGGCUGUAUAAAAUUGUUUUAUUGCUAUAUUAGUUUUAAGCUUCCUGUGGAGUACUUCUGGUUAACUGCAUGUAUUGGAGUUGGAUUUCUUUCAUUGUGAAGCGUUAGGUGUUAUACACAAAGUUUGUUGUGUUCUCUCUAUAGAUUUUUAUAGUAGUGUGUCUGAUUUCUUAUAAUCUGGGUUUGGCUAUUAGACCUAGAAAAGGUUUUGUAGAAAAUUGAGUUAGUAUAUUCAAAAACACCACAUGGCAGUAGGUACGUAACGAUUUACCGAUACAUCCUGAUUUUUUUAACUGUGCUAUAGGGUUCGUUUAGUUAUGCCACAAUACAAAGAAUUUAACUUCUGCAUAAAGAAAAUUAAAAAGCUUGAAUCUAAGAUUAUUUCUUUCAGUUAUAAAUGUUAAAGUAGCCACUUUUUACCUCAUAGCGAAAACUUUGUUAAUAAACUUGACAUUUCUUAUAAAGAAGGUACAACGUGGCGAUAGCAUCAAAUAUGGAUUGCUGUCCAAAACGUUUUUUUUUAAUUAUAUUCGUUGGUUCGACUAUCAUUUUUUUUUUUUUAUUAUGAUGUGGUGUUUGUCCAUUUUGGUGUAGCAUUUGUUUUUGCUUAAUAAAUAUGGAAAGAACAUUUCCAAUGCCAUCGUCGAAAAUGCGUUGUAAUGCCAAGUUAGUUUUUCAACUUAUUUGGUCUGUUGUGAGAAUUAAAAUCUUUCUGGUCGUAGCCAGUAUUUAAAUUUGCAGGUUCGCCCGUCCGUUUGCAUAUCGCAUUUUGUGUGUUCUGAGCACAGCUAUUUAAUCACGCAGAGAUUGAAUGCUGAGUAUUAAUAGCUAAAGCGAAAGAAAAGCAACUACGAUCGUAAAAUAUUAGAAAUUCUAUUGUAACUACCUAAUUUUGUAUUGAUUUCCGCUGUAUUUUUAUUAACAAAAGGGCAAAGAUCUACUAUAUUUUUACCUAAUUCUGCUGAAGAAAAGAAACAAGACGUAUAGUAUACCUAAACUAGCUUGCAAACCAACAGUCUAAAUGAAUUUUGCCUUUGUGUAUUAGCAUACGAGCUAGCCAAGGUUCUUAAGCCUAUUUAUUUUCGCAGCAAACAUAUGGUAAAUUAAAUAAAAGUAGCCGUGAGAAAAAAAAGGUCAAACAGACCUACAAACCUAACACUGACCACGACCACUUUCAAAACCAAAAUGGACUUCGUCGUCAUAAAUCGGGCGUUUUGAUUGGUAUACUACGUGCGAGCGGUCAAAUCAAAGCAAGUAAAAGUGUCCUAGUUUUAUUUUGUGGCUCCUGAGCGAAAGCGGCGAUUGAGAUCAUGGGGGUAAUUAUUAUUAAAAAUGGCAUAUUAAUAAUGCAUUUAUUUUAAUCACAUAAUUUAAUUUUUUAAUGAAGGUUAGUAAAUUAAGUAAUUUUAUUAUUUAAGGAAAUAAAUUAUUUUCUUAAAUAUAUUUUAAUCAAAAAUAAGAUUUUCAAUUAAACAACCACCUAUUUUUUUAAGAUCGCGGAAAGAUCAAGGAGAUUUCGGUAGACAUUUUGCCUGACAGACAAACAAACAGACGCAUACGGGUAAUAUAAUAUAGACUAGUCGUUAACCCAUGAAGAAACCACUGAGUCGCCCGUCUUGAUAAUACACGCUAACAAAGUUAUGUCAGCAUCGGGUUCAGCAUGAUUUACUUUACAGUGCACCACAUUUCAUUUAAACACUGGAUCGCAUUGUUGUUUGUUGAAUAUUGCGCAUAUAAAUUCUUUUUUCACGCAAAAUUUUCUAAAAUGUUUACUCCGCAGGCAGAAAUGUCGAUUACUAUCAUAGCUGAGAGUUAGUGACGUCAAGAAUCUCCGAAAGGGUCCAAGAUAGUGGCUUACGUGUCUAUGAAAAUACCGAAACAGGUCAAAAUUCGGACUUCCGAAAGAAAUGUUUUGUCACCUUCUACAGAAUGCGCAAAUUCGUAAAAAUAAGUCUAAUCUGUUUAAUCGGCCAUUUAGGCAUUACAUAAUCACAAAGAUUGACGUAUUAUUUGAACCAUUGUAAUGCACUUUUAAGUUUGAGGUCAAAAAAAUUGGAAACAAGCGGAGAUAACUGACGUCAUUUCCUGUGUUGAAAACUAGGCACCAACUGGGACCAAAUUAGGUCACUUCACAUCUUGUAUGCAUACUGUUGCAUUUCUAGUUGAUCAAUUUUUUGUUUGUUUUUAUCGUUUUUACUGUUUUUACUGCUUUUUUCCAUUUUUAUUCUCAGACAGGACGGACAUUGAUAGCAGUUUUUUUUUUUUGUAUUCAUGUAUAUUUUUGCAAAUUACUGAAGUCCUCAUCCUGUAUAAAUAUCUUUAAAUAAAUAAAUAAAUAAAACUUCUUAUAGUUGGGUCAACCUAUCCAUUUUGAAACAGACGCCAUUUAUGACGCCAUCAAAUACCUUUACACCACAAUAUCUCUGCAACCGUUCAUCAUCAAAAGUACAUCUUAUACAUCUUCUUGAUCAGCGUUUUAAAUUCAAUACAUUAUAAGCAAUGACUUAACAAAUCUCACCAAAUAAAUUUUUUUUUAUGCACUGAUGCCCUUCAAAAAGUAACUUGGUAUGUGUGAUUUUAUACUUGCAAUCAAUUACUACGCACCUGCUAGCUAUAUUUUUGAGUGUGCCAGUUUUAAACUAAAGUUAAAAGUACCAAAAUAUUUUGAUUAAUGAUGAACCGUGAAGCAUUUGGCAGAAUUGGUGACAUCAGAUCAAUUUGUCGUCAAAAUUUGCGACAGUCGAUUUUCAUCUCGCUCAACUUAUAGUCAGCAGUUGUGAUUUGUCAAAGGAUUAAAACAUUGCAUCCACUUGUAGUGAUAGAAAGAACAUCCUUUUCACAAUCAUUGAAAUCUGUGAUAGUCGAAACGUUGAAAGUCUAAAACGAGUUGUUGAUAAGGUUAUAUUGUGUUGUUGUUGUGUGUUUUUAUACGGAUUUAUUUUCCAACAUGGUCAAAAGACGAUUAAAAAAGAAACUUUACACACUGAUGUGAGUUGUAGUGAAUUAAUUGGUUUAUACUAUUCACAAACACUUGAAGAAGAAAGUCCAAGGCGCUAUCAUUCCUUACCUCAAGUUAUGGAAGAAUCAGAAAUUGAUACUAUUAUCGGAAGGUAGAUAAACAUGCAUGUGAUUGUUAUAUGUGCUGGGAGAACUGGAUCACUCUCGAUAAAAGUUGCCUUAGAAGAACUUUACAAAGAACGGUGUUAUCAUAUUUCAUCCAUACCUUUAGAACAACAUUAUCAGUUUUUAGAGAGACAACUUAAGGGGGGUGUAAGCAAAGAAGAAUGGAAAUGUUUUUAUGAUCAAUUUUGUGCUGCUGUUGGCUCACCCGUGGCAGCUUAUUGGAGAGAGUUAAUAGAAGUCUAUCCAAAUGCCAAGGUGAUUGUAAUGCAACGAGAAUCACAAGGAUGGUACAAAAGUAUAUAUGAUACCAACAUCACACUCCUAAAUUACUAUGGAACUUUAGCCUAUGGAAUUUCUCUGCUGUUCCUACCAAAAGGUAUACACACUCUAUUCGUGUAUGUUAGGCAUUGCUACCACAAAAUGUUUGGUGUACACCUGAACGACGAUAAGGAAGUAAUGAUACGAUGCUAUGAAAGGUUCUAUGACAAUUUGAGAAAUGAAUUAGAAAGUAGGGAUAUGGUGUACUUGAACUAUCAAGUUCAAGAUGGAUGGAAGCCUUUGUGAGACUUUCUAGGUGUUGGAAUACCAAAUGUUGCAUUUCCAAGGUCCUUGCAACACGACAAGUUUAAAAUGAAAUGUAGAAAACUUAAAAAGAAAAGCCAAAGGACUGCUAGCAUUGUAAAGUUUGUAGCUAUAACGACCGUUGCGUAUAUGUCUUUUUUCAAGUAUACACUAAUUUAGUCCAUUUGGUACGAAUGUGAUAAACACAACAAAUAUUUCCAUGGAAUAUUUGAUAUGACUAGUCGUUAGCCCGUGGAAAGUCCUUGGGUUCGCCCGCCUUUUUAUACCGCAUUGCGGCUUGUCGCUAUUGCGCAGCUAAGCUACCAUUUUGCGUGACAGACAGUCGUUAGCCCGUGGAAAGUCCUUGGGUUCGCCCGCCUUUAUAUACCGCAUUGCGGCUUGUCGCUAUUGCGCAGCUAAGCUACCAUUUUGCG